AUGGCGGCCAGCUGCUUUGAUUGGCUGUGGAAAGUCAUAGGGGCAGAUGGGAAGACUGUGAAGGAUUUGGCCGAGGAGAAAGGAUUGUCGGAUGUUUUGGAGCUGGUUGAGCUGGCCAAGGAGGAUCAGGGCAAGGUCACAACUUUGCUGAAAGCUGCAAAAGCAGGCAACUUGGAUGAGAUAAAGAAGAUUUUAGAUGCUGAUCCUAAACUUGCAUCGUACAAAAACAAGUCAGGACGCUGCAUCUUGCAUCAGGCCGUCCUGUACGAGCAGAAGGAAGUGGUGGAAUACUUAGUUGGGCAGUAUGAGGCACUGGUCGGAGCCAAAGAUAAUCUUGGUCGCCUGCCCCUCCACUAUGCUGCAGCCCAGACUGAUGGAGAAGAAAUGUACGCUGUAUUGGCUGGCGCUGGCUCAGACGAAGAUGCCAAGGAUUGGAACAAUUUAAGUGGCAAAGACUACAAGAAAGAGAUGGCGCUGCAUGCUGAUGACGCCGACGCCGGCCAUUACAACGUCCAGGCCAUCAUCGAGAGAGAACGCUCCUUGAAAUACGGCUCCGCGGUCACAGUGAAGCAGAAUUAUAAUGCAAUGGCCGAGUGCAUUGAAAACAAUGAUAUCCAAGGAGUCAGAAACAUUGAGAGAAACCUUGAAGUUCCAUUCAAUGACAUCCAGAAGGUUCUCGGACUUGGUGUGGACCCGCUGUUGUUUAUCUGUGCAAGGACAGGGGCACAAGACAUAGCCAAAGCUUUCAUAGACGACGGGGCAGACUUGGAAAUAAACCGGGAGGAUGGCACCACACUCAUCGAUUACGUAAAAACCCUCGGACUGACUGACCUCCAUAAAAUCAUCGCCAACAAGAUCAAGGCUGACCAUGAAGCUGCUACGAUCCCACUACAGAAGCAACUCUCUGUUGAGUCACUCACCAGUCUCGAAUUGGAGCCAAUCAUUCCAGAAGUGCCAAUCAAAGAUGUCCCGCCGCCGAGCACCAUCGAUGGGAAAUACCUCGCUCAGAACGUUGGUGCUGCCCUGGAGGAGGCACUUGCAGAGAUCUGUCAGAAGCGACCUCAUGACCCCGUUGAAUACCUCGCACAGUACCUCUACAAGUACGACAAUAAUAUGAAGUACGCUAAAGAGGUAAGACCAUAGUUCAUCAACUUUAAAAGGUUUUGGAGGCAUCUGGGUGCAUUGUAUGA